AUGGCGACCAAAGACUUCAUCAUCAAACACAUGAACGCCGACCACGGCGACUCCCUCCAACUAUACCUCCAAGCCUACAGCGGCAUCAGCGCCCGCGAAUCCCAAGGUGCUACCCUCGAAGACCUGACCCUCUCCAACCUCAUCCUCCGCGCCCACGGCGCCCGCUACAACAUCCCCCUCAACCCCCCAAUGAAAGACUACACCGAAGCCCGCGGCCGCCUUGUCGCCCUGCAUAAAGAAAGCCUCACCAAGCUGGGCCGCUCCGACGUAACCCUCACCGAGUACCGCGCCCCACGCGGCUUCCAGGCCGUCAUCUUCGGACUAGUACUCUUCACCUAUGCCACCUGCUGGCGGCGUAUCAAUCUCUUGCCUGGCACAUUUGUCUACGAGAAUAUGGGGUUCAAGUUUGUUCCGGACUUUGCCCAUUUCAUUCAUACUAUUUGGCCGGUGUUUUUCCCGUCCGUGCUUGGGAUUCAUGUGCUGGAGAGUGCGGCGUUGGCUGUAUUGCGGUUGAGACCUUUGGGUGUGCCGUUUGGAUCGGGGUUGUGGUUUACUUGGAUGGGAUCGUGCUUUAUUGAAGGGUUUGGUGCGUUUGUGCGGAUUCGGGAGAUUGUGAAGGAGGAGAGGGCGAAGAAGGGUGGGAAGAAGGAGUGA